UAUAAACAGUAUAUUGCCACUUUCAUGUAUUGCUUGAAGGGUGAGAAAAUCUCGAAUGAUGCACCAAUGAAUCCUCAGAUAGAGAUCGCCAAUUUGUUAGACGUCAUCUCGCUGCUCGACGCUUUACAUCAUGGGCACUCUCACUGCCAACCAAGCCCGGCUCCCGGGCAUGUGCGCCCACAAGCUACCAACCUCGUGUCGAUUAUCGAGCAUUCCAGAGUGCUGUGCCUGUGCCGACGAGCGGGCACAUGCGGUCUCGUAUCCGACCUACAUCGAUGGGAUAGGCUAUGUUCCUCGUGGGACUCGAUGGCAAAGGUAUUGUUGGUUCUGCAAGGAAUUCUGGGAGAAUCGAACUCAAGCGUCCGGACUCCGCUCCAGCCAAACGAGGGUUCCAGAAGUUCCAGAUCAAACCGAGUUCUUAGAUCGUUGGUAUGAAUUCCAUCAAGGCUUUCGUAUUUCGACAACCGAAGAUGGCGUCGAGGAGCGAAUUGCAGUGCUGGGAGAAGACUUUCAAGACGUGAGCCCAGGGUGUCUUCCACGGACGUUGGAUGAGCUGAGAGCAGGCCGGGAACGGAGUGAACUGGAAGAACGAGAGCGCGAGGAAGCUCGGCUUCUGCAACUCACUACACCGGAGGCCGUAGGGGGAAAUGGCCCAACCCUAGAUGACGAAUUGGAGCAGCUCUUCCAAGAAGCCGUCAACGAAGAGUCUGCUAUUGAGGGAAAUGAAGGAAGUGCUGAGCAGCAGCUGCGUACUGCUAGCCGGAACCCCGGCGACUCUUCCAUCAACUCGAGCCGUAUGACCACAAACCUUCAUGCUCAAGCUAUGAAUCCUUCGGCUUCUCGCAAUCUUGAAUAUCGAGCCAGGCGCGUUGCAGCAUUGCAUCGCGAGCUGCAACGCAUGCGCAACGGGAUCGAACGGGUCAUUACAGGCUUACGGGACCUAGGUCAAACCGUUCCUGACCAUUCUAAUGCUACCAAUCGACUCUCGGAACUUGGUCAGACGCUCGAUGCAAUUUAUGACGACCCUUCACGACAGUCAACUACCAUUCCCGGUCAGGAUCAGCCAGCGAAUGUCACCGGAGACUCCAUAACCACUACUCAAUCAGAUAGGACACUCACCGCCAUACAAAAUCGCGUAGAUCAAGCAAGACAGCAGGUUGACGAGGCUCGAAGAAACAGGGACCAAGCAGCGUCGGAGUUAGAUCACGCAGACCAGGAGCUCAGGGCCGCCGAGUCAAGGCAUCGUCAAUUGAGAUCCGAGCAGAGAACAACAGAGAAUUACAUGCGACUUUUUGGAACGCGCGAGGAAAUGGUCGCGCAGGGCGACAAUUAUGAAAGUCCCAUUGGUGGCAUGUUUGAUAGAGCUGAUGAACGAUUCAGACGGGCGGAGGAGGUGCGUCGCGAAGAGCGGAUCCUAAGAAGGGUACUAGAGGAUCAAAAUGCACGAGGCGAGGAUGAUGACGAGGCUCUAUACCGUCUGGUCGAGUUGGAAAGCCGCCAGCGGGACGUUUGGGGCGUGCCAGCAGUUCAGCCGACUGUGCCGUUGCCUGGCCCGGAGGACUUCGUCGCCACUGCUUCGCAAAGGCAAGACCGUCCACCAGAUAGCCAAGAGGACGAACCAGAGGCGAGCCAGGAAGAAUCUGCGCUUGAAGAGUAUUACGCUCUGCUUCGUCGACAAAAUUGGAGCCAACAGAGUUUACCUGCAGAGAACACGACAACAACCCGACAUGGACUGACUCCACGAGACACCACAUCAGCAGCAGAAUCGCGGUCGACUCCAGAAACUGAAACAUCGGCUUUACCUAGGCCAAUUCCUGCCCUGCCGGCGUCCACAUCGACAUUCCUGGGUGGACCACCAGGGCAUCAGCUAGACCCGGAUCCAUACACCAACAAUGAUCGUGGUCUAGAUGCUGCAUUCAUGCUUUCGGCGCUGGGUUCCAAUAACGGUCUUCGAGAGCUAGCUAUUGGACCUUCCAGCUUACGAUCCAUCUCAGAAAUGCGCCAUCGUCUCGAGAUGAAUGCCCUUACAUGGAACGACGGCGAAACGAUCGAGGGAUUCUUGGAGAACGAGGCGAUCCUGUGGGGCUGUCAGCUACCUGCUGAACGCAACCGCAGACGUCGCGCUCGACAAGAGCAAGUCACUUUCGUACCAGAUAUUUUGGAGAUCACGACUGGUCUGCGGCAAUCCGUCCAUCACAUCGAAGUCAUGGCCGAAUGUUUCCAGAUGAGCGCGCGGAUUCGACAAGUCUCUGGGUUGAAUGCUCCCGAUCAAUUGCGGAUGCUUUAUCGAUUGCAACGCGGUGCUCGCGAAGUCGAAGAUCGUGCCGUCCUCGUCAGAAUGCUAGAUGAUAACGAUACACUAAAUUUGGCGAUAGAACUCCAUGACCAGCAGACUAGAGGGGAAAGGGCCCCUUCCAGUUCCGAACCAGCCGACAUUCGUGCACGCAUCGACCUCAUGCGGAGGCGCCUUCUCGACAGCCAGAGAAUACUCGCCGCCCGCCUCGGCGACCACUCCCGCGCCGAACUCAACAACCAACGACAGGCCGCCGAAGCCGUCUCCGUCGCUACCGGCGACAUCUCCAUUCCACACGCUCUCAUCGAGCGUAUCGCGUCCCGCAGCGCAGAGAACCGCGCCGCGUGGGAACGACUCCAGGCGAUGCAAGGCCACCGCAACCCGCUCGGCGACACCAACGCCUUCAUGAUCCGACGAGCCUCCAUCCUCAACGAUCUCGACGACGGCGAAGAAGACAACGACAGCGAAGGGCAAGAGGACGAGCCCCUCGGUCUCGACGCCCCAGACUCCGGCCGGCCCGACGAGCCCCUGUCGGAGGAGGACAUGACUGUCAAGCUCGACUGCCGGAUCUGCUACUCGCAGAUCUCAAGCAUUGCGUGUCUGCCUUGCGGACAUCUGAGCAUGUGUCAGUGGUGCAGCGAUCAGCAUUCACCUACAAUGCCGCAUGAUCGGACCAGGCCCCGGAGGAGCGCGGCAUGUCCUGUUUGUCGGAAGGACAUUCGGCAGAAGGUUAAGAUAUUCCGGGCGUGAAGGGGCGGAGACGUGAAAGUGAGGAACAUAAUGCAUCUUAUGAAUUUGCGUCCACAAUGCAUACAUCGCUGGAAGGACGAGCCGAUGGGAUCUAUUCCAUCUGUGAAACCUAUGUGAAUGCCAUUCCCAUGGGUCAUUGGCGUACCGGCACAUCUAGUCAAUCAAAAGGACAUGAAAAUCAGGCUUCACUCGUGACGAGAUGAAUAUCGAUCUUUCUUUCGGUACUCAUGGUGUAUGUAAAGAACUGAGAACCUGUAGUCACGACGUGUAACAAUCUACCAUCUGGG